AUGAAGUAUUCCCUCAUUGCUGGCCUGUUGGCUGUCGCCGGCGCCAAUUGCAAACCCACUUCGCACAUUGAGAGCGAGGCCGUGCCGGUCGAGAAUCUGCACACAGUCCCUCAAGGAUGGACCGCAAUUGGCACUCCAGCAGGGCAUCGCAAGCUCCCAUUCCGCAUUGCUGUUCGUUCGGCUGACAGCAACGUCCUGGAGCGAACUCUCAUGGAGGUUUCAGACCCCAACCAUGCUCGGUAUGGGCAGCAUCUCAAGCGUGACGAGCUCAAAGAUCUCAUCAAGCCAGGCGCCGAGUCUACCAAGGCCGUCCUGAGCUGGUUGGAACGAUCGGGUAUCAACUCUCGAGAUAUCAAGAACGAUGGUGAAUGGAUCACUUUCCACGCGCCCAUCGAAAGAGCCGAGUCGAUGUUGGGCACUACAUUCAAAACGUAUCAGAACGAAGUCCGUCGAGACGUCAAGAGAAUCCGAUCCCUGAGCUAUUCCGUGCCAAAGUCUGUCCGCGACCACAUUGACAUGAUCCAGCCGACCACUCGUUUCGGCCAGAUCAAGGCAGAGCGCAGCAACGUCCUCACCCAGGAAGCUGCUCCUUUCUCGGUUGCUGCCGUCAACGCCACCUGCAACACUACUAUUACGCCAGCCUGCUUGAGCGACCUAUACAACUUUGCCGAUUACAAGAUUGACCCCAAGGGAGCUGUGAAGCUCGGAGUGAGCGGCUUCUUAGAGCAGUAUGCGCGCUAUGCCGACCUCGAACAGUUUACAUCCACAUUUGCGCCAAAUGCUGGUAGCAACUUCUCUUUUACCUCGGUAAACGGCGGCAAACUAGACCAGAACUCGACUGAUGACAGUGUUGAGGCCAAUCUCGACAUCGAAUACACCGUAGGCCUAGUGGACCCCACCAUUGAAACAACGUUCUACAGCACUUCUGGGCGUGGCAUCCUCGUCCCUGAUCUCGAUCAGCCAUCUGAAGCUGACAACGCUAAUGAGCCUUAUCUUGACUUCUUCACCUACCUUGCGGGUCUUCCCGACGGCGAGCUCCCUCAAGUGCUUACUACUUCCUACGGCGAGGAUGAGCAGAGCGUACCUGCUACUUAUGCGAAGAAGGUCUGCGACAUCAUUGGCCAGCUGGGCACCCGCGGUGUGUCUGUCAUCUUUAGCAGCGGAGACACUGGUGUCGGUUCGGCGUGCCAGACCAACGACGGCAAAAACACCACCCGUUUCCUGCCCAUCUUCCCUGCGUCCUGCCCGUACGUGACCGCUGUUGGAGGUACCUACAGGGUCGAACCUGAACGCGCAGUUUCCUUCUCGUCAGGCGGUUUCUCAGACCUCUGGGAGCGCCCUACCUACCAGGACAAGGCUGUCAGAACAUAUCUCGAGAAGCUUGGCAGUCAGUGGGAGGGCCUCUACAACCGCGAUGGACGUGGCUUCCCUGACGUUGCUGCUCAAGGUCGGGGCUUCCGUGUCGUUGACAAAGGUAGUCAGAUCUCCGUUGGUGGCACCAGUGCCUCGGCACCUGUUUUCGCAUCUGUCGUCGCGCUCUUGAACAACGCCCGUCUCGCCGCUGGUCAGCCGGCACUGGGCUUCCUUAACCCAUGGAUCUACAGCAAGGGCUACCAAGGCCUCACUGACAUCAAAGACGGAGGUUCGACUGGAUGUAUCGGCAGAUCCAUCUACUCAGGCUUGAACGCUCCUCUAGUUCCUUACGCAUCCUGGAACGCGACUGAAGGUUGGGACCCAGUCACAGGUUACGGCACCCCGAACUUUGGUGACCUACUUGAGCUUUCUCAGGGCCAGUCCUACAGCGUCCCAGCGGAGUGGCGCGCAUAG